AUACCCUGGUGCUGACAACACAGAACAAAGAAGCUGGAGCCAGUGCAGGUCCAGUUCAGGAGAACAUCAUACAGAAAGUCAUCACAAAAUACAGUAACAGACAUUUAGAGUAGAGUAAGUGUUGUCAUGCUUCUUUUGUGGAAAUGAUGGAAAAGAUAGUUGAAGAGAACAGAAGGAGCCUUAACAGUGAGGAGUUUGAGGAGACUUCACUUGCUUUAGAACAGAAACAGUCUGAGCAAAAAACAGAACCACAGUAUAAAGAAACAACAACAGUGGAAGUUCAUGAUCAAACAGAAGGGCAAGAGCAUGAAGAAACAGAAGAACUUCAAGAAUAUCUUCAAACAGAAAUGGAAGAACAUGAGGAGAUGACAGAACUGUGUGAAUACGAUCAAACAAAACAGCAAGAAUUUGAAAUUGAGCUACAAAAAAAAAAAAAAAAAAAAAAACGCCUUUCUAAUAUCUUAAGUGCAUCUAAACAAAGAUUAAACCUUGUGUUGCUUGGACUGGACAAAGAAGCAAAGACUUCAAUAUCUGAAAUUCUACUUGGUAAAAAGUUCUCAUCAUCUCACCAGAGAGUGAAACCGAAAUCCAGCCCAGUGUGUGUGAGGAAGAAGGGGAAAGUGUGUGGAUGUCUGGUUACUCUGGUGGAGAUGCCGGCUCUCUACAACACCCAGCUCUCAGAGGAAAAAGUGAUGCAGGAGACUCUCCACUGUGUCUCUGUCUGUGAUCCUGGAGUUCAUGCUUUUCUCCUCCUCAUUCCUGAAGGUUGCCUCACUGAUGAAGACAAAGGAGUAAUAGAGAAGAUCCAGAAAGUCUUCGGUUCAGGAAUCAACAAUCACACUAUAGUCCUGAUCAGUCAGCAAUCUCAGAACAAAGAACUGAAUGCCAGUGUUACGAAAGUGAUAAAGGAAUUUGGAGUACAAUACAAAUUUGUUGACAGCAAAACAGAUGCAACACAGCUGGUUACAUUUUUUAAGAGCUUUCACUCAAAGAGUAAAGAUGGCUGCUACACUAUGGCCUCAUAUGCAAAUGCCCAGGUUGAAACACAGCUGCAGUACAAAAGACAAAUUCAAAAUCUACAACAGAAAAUUAAUAAGCUCACACUGACCAACUGGAGUCAAACAGAAGGUUCAUCAAAAGGCCCUGAGGCAUUGCGGAUUGUUCUGCUGGGGAAGACCGGAGUUGGGAAGAGUGCAACAGGAAACACCAUCCUGGGGAAAGAGGACGUGUUUACGGAAGAUAUUGGUGGAUCAGUUACUGUUGUGUGUCAGAAAGAGUCAGCUGACAUAAAUGGGAGGCAGAUCACUGUGGUUGACACUCCAGGACUGUUUGAUACUAAUGUUCCUAAUGUGGAGAUCACUAAAGAGAUCACUAAGUGCAUCUCCAUGGCAGCUCCAGGUCCACAUGUGUUCCUGCUGGUGCUGAGCAUCGGGCAGCGCUUCACCCAAGAGGAGCAAGACACAGUGAAUAUGAUCAAGGAUACUUUUGGUGAGAAAUACAAAAUGUACACUAUAGUGGUCUUCAGUAAAGGAGAUUUGCUAAAAGAAAACACAAUUGAACAGUACAUAGAGAAGCCUGGACCAACCAUGAAGAGAUUUCUGUUUGACUUUGGUAACAGAUAUCAUGUGCUCAACAACAGUAAUAAAAGCAGCUCCACCCAGGUCACUGAUCUACUGGAGAAGAUCAACUCCAUGGUGACAGUGAAUGGAGGGAGCUGCUACACUAAUGACAUGUUCCAGCAGGUAGAGAAAGCUCUACAAGAAGAACAGGAGAGAAUACUGAAGGAGAGAGAGGGGGAGAUAGAAAGAGAGAAAGAAAGACUGAAAGCCAAAUAUGAAGCUGAAAUGGAGAGAAUGAGAAUAGAGGUACAGAAAGAAAAAGAAAAACAAGAAGCAGAAGGGAGAAGAAGAGAGAAAGAAUUUAAAGAAAAAGAACUAGACAUAAAGAGAGAGAUGACCGAAAGGGAAAGGAUACAAAGAGAAGACGUAACGAAAAGAAGAGAAGAAGAUGAGAAAAAGAUGCAACGGUGGAUGGCUGAGAUUCACAGAGAAAAAGAGGAGAACAGUCAACGGUGGGAGAAACAAAGAGAAGAAGAUCAGAGAAGGAGAGAUCAGGAGGAGGAGGAAAGAAGAAAGAAAGAAGAAGAAUGGAGGAAGAAACAGAAAGAGGAGAGAGAGAACUUUGAGAAAGAAAGCGAAGACAUGGAGAAGAAAGUAAGAGAAGAACUAAUGAAUUUACAGCAGGACUAUAAACAGAAGGCAGAAGAGGAGGAGAAAAGACGAAAGGAACUGGAAGAGAAAAUCCAGCAUGCGGAGGAAAGUAAAAAGAAGGAGCUACAAGAGCUGCAGUUAACUCAGCAGAGAGAGUGGAUAAAGAGGAUGGAGGAGGAGGAGAAGAGGAGAGAAAAACAACAGAAGUAUUGGGAGAAAACAAUUGCAUCAAUGGAGGAAGCCUGGACUUUACAGCAGAUUAGAAAGCAAAAACAGUAUGAAUGGGAAAAGCAAAAAGAAAAGGAGGAGAGGGAUUUAAAAGAAAAGGAGAGAAAAGAGAAAGAAGAACAAGAGAGGAAAAGAAUAGAAAAUGAGGCAAAUGAAAAAAUAAGACAGAUGAAGGAACAACUAGAGGCAGAAAGAGAGAAAGACGAGAAAGAAAGAAAUGAAAAAGAAGAACAACUCAGAAAGGAAAUGGAGGAACAGCUACAGAAGCAGCUGAAGUCUUUUAGAAGAGAGAAAGAGGAAGAAGAGAUUAUACGCAAUGAAGCUGAAAAGAGAAACGUUAACUUCAUUGUAGAGACUCACACCAGAGAAAUGGAGAACCUUAAGAGACAAACAGAGCAAACAGCAAGAAAACAGGCAGAGGAGGAGUUUCAUGCCAAACUUGAUGAAAAGGUAAAAGAGGCGAGAGACAAAGGAUUUGUAGAGGGUUGUGCAGAGAUAGAGGCAGCAAGAACAGCACUGGGCAGAAGAGUGGAUCGAUUUGUUCAUCAUGUCUGUCAUACAAAAAAGAAGAAAAAUGCAUGAAAAUCUGAGAUGAAGAGUAAUUUUAGGCUAUAUGUAACACAUAUUUAAUGGUAAAGUGUUCAUUUUUCAACAGGAGCUUUCCUGAAAUACAUAUAAUUUGUUAUAUUAAUAUUUCAUAAAUAGGCAUUCCAUAUUCUUUGCUUUGCAUUCCUGGACAUUACUGACAUACCAAAUGUAGUUUGACCACUAUCAAGAACAUAAUUUUAUAAUGGAUAAAUUAUAAGAUUUAUGUGUCAAUGUUGUGUACUGUUUGACAUUCUUUAACAAAAUAUGUCAAACACUGGAUUCCAUUGAAGACUUAAGAAUUGUUCUUUUGGGCUCUCUUCGUGGGCUGCAGUAUCUGUGUGUUGGCUAUGACUUUGAACUUACAUUCUCUAACACUCAUUUAAAUUUACCCCAAACUCCUCUGCAGGACAGCAAGUGUAUAAAAAUGAAAAUAAAUAAAAGAAACAAUUGAUCAA